ACAGACGUUCACCUCAAGCACUGUCACAGCACCGUAGCUGUAGCGUUUGUCUCACCAGUUGACAAAAAAACACAGCUGAGAGGUAGCAGACGAAGCUCCAUAACCAUAAACAAACCAAAAUCUCUCUCACACACAAACCCACUCACAAAAACACGCACUAGAGUUGGUUCCUUCUUCUUCCACUACUCCGUUUCUACUUCCACAUUCCCAUCACAAUGCCGCCGCCGCCGCCGGCGGUGCUCCACCACCACCGCCGCACCCCUCUCCUCCCGCCACUCCUCGCCGCCGCAAUCGCCCUCGCCUUCUUCUCCCUAUCCGUCGUCCUGUACCGGAAGAUCAAGCGCAGACGGACCGCCCCGGCGGAUCUGAAACCCCCUUUCCCGCCGCAGAGGUUCUCCUUGUCCCUCCUCCGCCGCGCCACCGACUCGUUCGCCGCCGAAACCCGCAUCGGGCAGGGCGGAUUCGGUUCCGUCCACAGGGGAACCCUCCCCUCCGGCCAGGAGAUCGCCGUCAAGCUGACGAGCGAGGCCUCAAUCCAAGGCGAGCGCGAGUUCCACAACGAGCUUUCCCUUGCCACGCGCAUGGACACCGCUUGCUGCCCUCACGUCGUCUGCGUGCUCGGAUUCUCGACCUCCGAGAAUAGAGGCGGCGACUACAGCAGAUUUAGAUGUUACGGCCGCCGGAAGAGAAGGAGAGGGAGAAAAUUGGCGCUGGUGUACGAGUACAUGCCGAAUGGGAGUUUACAGGACGCUCUAUUAGAUCGGAAGUGCCCCGAGUUGAUGCACUGGGAUAAAAGUCGUGAGGACGAGUUAUCGACGACGGGUGCCGAAGAGGAUGAGAAGGUUGGGAAGAAAGGGGAAGAUUACGGGUCGAUUAUUGAAGAAAACGAGAGCCUCGUGACAGAAGAUACUGUCGUUUUGAACGUCGAUCAAUCUCCAGAUGAUGCUUAUUGCUUGAGAAUACUCGACGAUGAUGAUGAAGAAGUUGCAAAUGCCUCAGAGAAAUCUCCAUCCGAUGAGGUUCCGGAUCGAUCGAGCGUUGAUAGUGCAAACGUUCAAAAAGAAAUCAAAACAGGAAAGGAAAAGGGCGAGGACUGGUGGUGGAAGCAAGAAAACACAACUGGAUUAUCCGAUUCCGGUCGAGUAAAGGACUACGUAAUGGAGUGGAUUGGGAAUGAGAUCAACAAGGAAAGGCCCAAGAAGGAAUGGGUCAAGUCCACUAGCUCGAUCGAUGGAGAUGCCGUCACCAAAUCCGAGCAAAAGAAGCAGAGGAAGAAAAAGCUUGAGUGGUGGGCCUCGCUCGACCGUGAGGCCACGAAAAGGAACAAUAACCGGAAGCCUAGAGAAUGGUGGAAAGAAGAAUUUUGCGACGAGCUCGCCAAGAAGAAGAAAAAACGAGGGCCCAAACCGGAAACUCACGAAGGAGAAGACCAAUUAUGGUGGCAAAAGGAUGAUCACGACUGUACACAAGAGAGGAAAAGGAGAAGCAAAGGAAGCCGGACUAGCCUCGACCGGUGGUUUGAGAGUUUUAGCGGCGAGUUCCGUAUUGGAAGGCGAAGCAGCCGAGAUUUGGGUAGCAAUAAUAAUAAUAACGAUGUUCCUAAAAGCGGAAAUAUCAGCAGCACACCUAGUAUGAGGGGUACUGUGUGCUACAUAGCUCCCGAGUAUAGUGCUGGGGCUCCUUUGUCGGAAAAAUGUGACGUGUACAGCUUUGGGGUUCUCCUACUAGUUGUGGUCUCGGGCAGGAGGCCUCUGCAGGUCACGGCUUCCCCUGUGCCGGAGUUCGAACGGGCCAACUUGAUAUCGUGGGCCCGCCAGCUGGCGCUCGGCGGGCGGCUACUGGAACUCGUGGACCCGGGCAUAGAGUCGCUGGACAGCACGCAGGCCGUGCUGUGCUUGACAGUCGGGCUUCUGUGCCUGCAGCGUUCUCCCGAGAAGCGCCCCACCGUAAGAGAGAUUGUGGGGAUGCUUUCGGGGGAGUCCGAGCCGCCCGUUCUGCCGUUUGAGUUCUCGCCAUCUCCCCCGACGAGUUUCCCGUUUAAGUCGAGAAAAAAG